UUUAGUAAAUAUACGGAACUAGUAUCUGAGGAAAUUAAUGCCCAAGAAUUGCAAAGGCUACUAGGUAUUGAUGAAGUAAAAUUAUUUGACGUAAGAACCCCAAAAGAAAUACAAGAAAUUGGCAAAAUUGAGGGCUCUAUGAAUAUACCAAUUGAUCAGAUGAAAGAAGCUUUUCAACUUGAUGAGAAAGAAUUUGGUGAAAAGUAUGGCGCAACUAUACCAAAGAAAACUGAUAAAAAUAUCGUUUUCUAUUGUGGUUCCGGUAAACGUAGCCGUCGCGCUAUCGAUUACGUCAAGGAAUUUGGCUAUAGGUAA